AUGGCAUCGGCGGCUGCGGAGCUGGUGAUGGAGCGGGAGCGCGAUCCCCAGAUAAUCGACGCCCUCGAGGCGAAUCGCAGCUUCGUGGGCGCGGAGGCGCUGGUGCGCAUGGCGCUGGACCAGUACGCUCAAAUCCUGACCACCGUCUCGGACCCGCGGGUGAACGACUGGCCGCUCAUGGACUCGCCGAUCCCGACCUUCCUCAUCGUCGUAUUCUACCUCUACAGCGUCACCAUCCUUGGACCGCGGCUCAUGGCCAACCGCAAGCCCUUCCAACUCAGGACCACGCUCGUCGCUUACAAUGCUUUCCAAGUUAUCUUUUCCCUAGCCAUGCUUUACGAGCACCUGAUGUCCGGAUGGCUCACCGAUUAUAGCUACAAGUGCCAACCGGUCGAUUACUCGCACAAUCCGUCAGCUCUGCGGAUGGCCAAUCUGUGCUGGUGGUACUUCAUCAGCAAGUUCACAGAGUUUGCCGACACGAUAUUCUUCGUGCUGCGCAAGAAGGACAGCCAGGUGUCGUUCCUGCACCUGUACCACCACUCGCUGACCCCCCUGGAGACGUGGAUCUGCGUCAAGUUCAUCGCGGGUGGGCACGGCACCCUCGGCAACCUCAUCAACAACGCCGUGCACGUGGUGAUGUACUCGUACUACGCGCUCGCGGCCGCCGGUCCCGAGUACCAGAAGUACCUCUGGUGGAAGAAGCACCUGACCACCGUCCAGCUGGUGCAGUUCUUCCUGGUGUUCGUGCACAGCGCCCAGGCGCUGGUCUUCGACUGCGGCUACCCGAGACUCAUCGCCGCCCUCCUGCUGCUCCACUCCACCAUCUUCUUCGUGCUGUUCUACGACUUCUAUCUCAAGGCUUACCAGCGAACGCAGCAGGCGACGGCGGUCAAGUCGGACUAG